AUGCCGCCCACGCGGCGAAGUCCUACUCCGCGUCGCCGGGGGCCGGAGUCAGCGGAAGGCAUAGCGCGCGCGCCGCUGUUUCAAACAGAGCCAGGAGGCUCCCGCGCGGCAACCGACGUCCAACGCGGGCCCGCGCGCCCCCCAGGACCACGGGGCAGCGCGCCGUUCAGGGACCGCGUUCCAGGCUGCUUUCAGCUGUUGGCCAACUUCACGUUGCCGAGCUUUACGCCUCAGUUGCUUUCCUUCACGGGCUCCUUCGCGGGCCCCUGGUUCUUAUUCGCCAUGUUCUUCUGCGUGUCCAGCAGCAGGUUUUGCAUUUCCCGCGACGUGCCAGCCUUCUGCACCUUCUGGCUGCCGAAAGCCAUCCGCAAGAUGCCGAAGCACCCAUGCAUCAACGCAAUAGCGAAGUUGGCAUCCAGCUCUUGCUGCAGCUUCUCCCCCACCUCGUCAUCCAGCAUGUCGGCCCAAGCUACGGCGGCCUUCCUGGUCUCCUGGAUGGUAGCUCAGUCCUCGGGCCGCGGCUUAUAA